AUGGCUCUUAAAGAUGAAGAGCUGACUACCUUUAGAACCACGAAAAAGACAUAUUGUUACAAUGUGAAGCCCCUUGGACUGAAGAAUGUUGGUGUCACUUAUCAGGGCGCCAUGACAAUCAUAUUCGAGGACAUUUUUCACGAGGUCGUGGAAUGUUUUGUCGACGACCUUGUUUUCAAGUCAAGGGAUCGAUCUACUCACCUUACGGAUCUGGAGACCAUGUUUAAGAAAUUGAGAAGGCAUCUGCUGAAGAUGAACCCUUUGAACUAUGCCUUUAGGAAGGCUAUCAAAGGACAAGCUUUGGUUGGUUUCUUUGCUGCUCAUCCCCUGCUUGAAGGGUCCCCUUUGAACGAAGGUCUACUCGAUGAGGAAGUCAUGUGCACAAAUGAACUUGACCCAUGGCAGAUGUUCUUUGAUGGUGCUUCCCAUCCAGAAGGUACAGAAGCAGGCAUGAUAUUCGUCACACAGGAUAAGGGACUUUUUCCAUAUGUCUUCUCGUUAAAUGAGAAGUAUUCAAACAAUGAGGCCGAGUGUCAAGUUUUGAUUAUUGGUCUAGACAUGGCACUACAGCUGGACUCGGGGCUUCUCAACAUUUUCAAUGAUUUCCAUCUGAUUGUCUACCAUUUGAAGGAAAUAUACAAAGUCUGCAAAGAUGAACUCAAAACUUUGACCUAUAUUCACCGAGGAUCAAAUGUUCAAGCCUAUGCAUUAGCUAAGGUUGGGGCCAUCAUGACCAUUGAGCCUAGGAUUUUUCUCCAUGUUCCUAUAUAA